AUGGCCCUCGCUGAUGAGCAAAUAACCAAACUAAGCGAGACAUUAGACAAUUCUUGUUCAGUCGAAGAAAAACCAAGUAGCAAAAAGAAAAAGAACAAAAAGAAGACCGUCGUACCGGAGACCAUCAAUCCAUUUUAUGAAAAGGCGUUUACAGACUAUCCAGUUCAACUAAAGAAUACAAAAGCAAAGGGACGUCAUGCUGUUGCUGCAAGGGAAUUACCUGAAGGUGUUACCGUCAGUCUCGAGACAGCCACGGCUUUCGUUGUUCGUUCCGAAUUUAUUGACCAAAACUGCCACACUUGUCUAGCAGAUCUGUCAUCAGACAAAGUGAGAUGCGCUCAUUGUCCACUUUCUUAUUAUUGUUCAAAGACAUGUUUGGAUAAGGAUCGCGCUCUACAUGAGCUGAUUUGCAGUACUUUUGGUCAACUUGAAGCAAUUGCUCAUGCUACUGAUGUUGAGAUUGAUCUACUUCGAUUGAUGCUCUUACUGCUUGCUCGUCGUCAGCUAGAUUCUCAAGAUCAUGUUUCAGACGCGACGCCCUUUUGGUGUGUACAAGAUUUACUAAGUCAUAUUGAAAGCGCGCCUGCUCCAUUCAAGCAGGUUCUCACAGCUGCUUCUGAAAGAUUAUCAACAGAAUUACCAGAAUCUCUGCGAAUUCCAGUUGAAGAUAUGGUUGCCCUUGCUUGCAGGAUCAAUUCGAAUGCUCAUGGAUUAGGUGACAACCAUUCGCGAAAUACAGAUGUUGCCCUUGGUUUAUUCCCUCUGGGUGCAUUAUUCUUCAACCAUGGAUGUAAUCCAAACACAGCAUUUGUUGGACUACCCAAUGGCCAGUUAGCCUUUAGAACCAUCCGUUCAGUUCAAAAAGAUGAAGAACUGGUUGUUAGUUAUAUCGACAUUUACUCAAAUAGAGAUGAAAGACGACAGGAACUGCUAGCGACCAAACAUUUUUGGUGCAAGUGUAAGAGAUGUACCAGUCCUAUGGAAAAAUCAGUGGACCGCUUACUUUCUGGUAUUGUUUGCCACCAGUGUGCAAAGGAUGUAUACAUCAUACCACCAACAAAUAUAGACAUUUUACUAAAAGGACAGCUCAGCGUAUCAACCGAACCUAGUUUCAAAUGCGCUGCAUGUAGACAUGAAGUAGAGGGAGACCAACUGCGAACCGUUUUGGGAGAAGCAGAGAAAAGCUACGCGGCGGGUAUGACACAUAUUCGUCAAAAGCGCGAUUUUAGAUCUGGAGGUCAGCAAUUAGAGCGCUUGACCAAACAUGCAACUAUAGAAAAAGGUAAACUACAUCCCUUGCAUUCACUUCGCUUCAACUCGUAUAUUCCACUGAUGAAUUGUAUGCGCUAUAACGGCAAUCUGAAAGGAGCAAUCGAGACAAACAAAUCGAUUAUAUCACUUAUAGAACAGUACGCUACCAUUGGAGGUCUACCUGGUAAUACGUCAGAACUGUCUGAUUACUGGCAAAAUCUAGGAGAGCUCUGUCAAAAGAUGGCAAGUGAAUGUUCGAGUGUGAUCUUGGAAAAGAAAUGGUUAAAGGAAGCACGUCAUGCCUUUCAACAAGCUCUCAACAUACGCUCCGUGGUCUUUGGUCAAUCGCAUCCCAAGGUGCAUCAUAUUCAGCAAUCGAUGAACCAAAUAAAAGUGUAA